UCAACAUAGAUUUCAUCGAUCAUUCCAUUGCAAGGCUUGUAAAUCUUAAAAUACCCUCGAUUACUCAGCCGAUAGCAAUGUUGGUGUCAUAUGUAUAAACUGUCACGAGGUGGUCAUAAGACUCAAGCUUAACUGCGCCUUGUCCUUUUAUGGUGAUGAGGUUUAUUUCGUACAUGUAACAUGGUAGCAAAUUGGACUUGAGCAAGAGAGCUAAGCGCACACGGCAACAAAGUUUUACCCAAGUCUCGGCGCUAGAUUUGAAUAGAUCGUUGCUUGUUCAUAAGUAGACUUCUUAACUAAAGUUGCCAAUGAAGCCAACGAAAAUACAGAAUUAAAGCAUUUCGACCAAGUAAAGCUCCUUGAUGAAGGAUAAAAUCGUAUUUUUCAUCAGGUCAUAUGUCGAUCUGCUGCGUCAGAGGAGACUUUCCGUGUAAAUCACAUCAGAUACACUGGAAUGGCACAACUCAGAAAAAAUUCAAAUGUAUAGAUUGUCCUGACUGUCCGGUGGGAUCAGAGAUUUCUGUGCCAUGUGGUACAUCAGUAAAGUACUGGACACCUGUUCAUUGCAUCUCGUGCAAACUGGGAGAAACAUAUUCAGAAAAAUACGAUAAAGCACAGUGCAAGGCAUGCACCAUAUGCUCUGCAGGGAAAGCUAUGGUCAAGAACUGCACCCUGUUCUCGAACACUCAGUGCAGCAAAGAGUGCAAGCCAGGAUUUUACUCGUUUCCGUUUAGUUUUUCCUGUUGGCCUUGCUCGGAUUGUUGCCAUGAUGGUAAAGACGAGCUUUCAGAAGAGUGCAGCGGAAAUUAUUUGAAGAAGUGCAAAAUGCGUCCAUCGCCCUGUAGCUAUGUGCGCACUACAAAUACCCCGACGCAAGCCGCAACGAUGAUUCACCGGGCUCCCACACAGUUGUCAUCGAAAAGGAAUACACAGACACCCACUCCAACAAAGGAGAAAGAAAAGUUUACAUCACCAGCAUUGUCCACCAACUCAGACGAGGCUCUUAAGUCUCGGAUCAACCAAUCCAUUAGCACGUCCAAAUCAGUGGAGUCUCCUAAAAAGGAGAGUGGAAAUAAAGUACUCCUGGUUCUUUCCGGAGUAGGCGGAGUGUUAGGAAUCGCAGGUCUGUUUGUUGUAAUAACCGCGAUGAUUCGUCAUGGUGUGUUCUGCCGGCCUUUUUGCCUCAGGGGGGGAAAUUCAAAGAAUUCAGUCGAUAUUCCGUUGGACGAACUGGAGAUGAAGCCAACUUUGUCACAAGAGGAACUCAGGCCCGAUGAUGUAACCCUUGAGGAACUGGAAAGAAACAGUAUGGAUUUGUUUGAUUGGGUUUGCACACGGCUUGAUAACGGAAGAUUAGGUUUCCGGCGUGACUACGAGCGCUUGGCUGCCAAAUACAGACUAUUUUCUCUAGAUUUUCGAAACUCCUUAAAAAAUGAGUUAAAAAUCGAUGGUGGAAGCCCCUCAAAGGUGCUGAUGAGCCAGCUGCAAACUAUGUACCCCAACCAUCCAGUUCGAUGUCUUGUAAGAAAGCUGAAAGAGAUUAGAAGAAAUGAUAUAGCACAAAAACUAACACCCUACGCACUGAAAAAUGUCAAAAACUAGUAUAAGUGAAUUGACGAUCACUAGUUAGCCCUUGAAAAAUGGACUUUCCGUGGCCCGAUAGAAAAAGCUUUUCAUAGGUUUUCUCAAUCGAAAAUUAAUUGGCAAUGACGCUAGACCUACUGUAUGACAUAAAUUAUUUUACGAAUAUGUGGUAUUCAUAGCUGAUUAUCAGCAAUUUGUUACACACGCGGACAUUAACAUAAUCGUGCAAAAGGACAUAAACAACAAUCCUCCGCCAUUGUCAAACAUUAUAAGAACAUGCACGGGACAAUGCCCCAGGACCUGCUAAAGCGUUUCGAAGUGCUUAAGAAAUGCAGAAACAAAUUUGACUGCUUAGUGUACGAAAUGCUUUUUAGAAGAGCGUUAAAGCCAAAUCUCAACGUGCAAUUAGACUCCAUUCGUGCGAAAGUAUUUUUAUAAUAUUUUUAUGAUCUUCGCACCCUCUUAUGUUAAAAUUAUUCGCGCCAAAAACGCUUUUUGUGUUGCAAUUUGCACGAUCUUUCAUAUUUUCCUUGAUAAUGGAGUCAGGACUACUCCGAAACGUAGGAUUUUAUCGUUCGUUUUUACAAUCUUAUGUGAGGUGGUUGAUUUGUAUUUCAGAGUGAGUGCGCGAGUCAGUCACUAUAAUUAUGCUUCUCUCAAAAAAGAAACGAAAACUUUGAGUUUCAAUUUACACGACAUGUUUCGACAUUCUCAUGUCAUCUUCAGUU